AUGCGCACCGUUUCUACUCUCUUCGCUAUCCUGGUCGCAGCCGCCGUCUCUCACGCUCAAGAAGGCGGCGCCGACACCACCGAAAGCAUCCUGACGGGCGUGACCCGCGAGUCAAACAUCCCUACCUCCUCCGAGAGCAUCUUGACUGGUGUUACUCGGGAGACGUCGAUUCCUACCUCCGAGACCGUCCGCACCACUAUGACCCACGAAACGGUUACAUCUACUAUCCAUAGCAUCUCGACGGGCGGGAGCGUGACUCACGAGACGACGACUCGUACCUCGUCCGAGAGUGUCCAGACUAGCGUCGAGUCGUCGAUUCCAACAUCGGUUGCUACAUCGAGCGAGAGCAUCCUGACUGGAGUCACCCGCGAGACGUCGGUCCCGACGUCGGCUGCUACUGCUUCCGAGAGCAUCUUGACUGGUGUCACUCGUGAGACCAGCGUUGCUACCGAGAGCAUCUUGACCGGCGUCACCCGAGAGACCUCUGUUGAAGUCCCCACUCAGACGGAGAGCAUCUUGACCGGAGUCACCCGAGAGACUUCUGCUGAGGUCCCCACUCAGACGGAGAGCAUCUUGACUGGAGUCACCCAGGAGACCUCUGCUGCGGUCCCCACUCAGACUGAGAGCAUCGUGACCAGUGUCACUCAGGAAACGAGUGCUGCUGCUCCGACCGAGACCGCGGUUGUCCCUACCGCCGGUGCGACGUUGGCUACUGAGAACUCGCUGAUGGCCAUGGGUGUCGCUGUUGUCAUAGUUGCUUUGGGGCUGUAA